CACCCCGCCGCAACCCACACGCUGCUCUCGCUCCCCCGAGGUAAUCGACGAAGGCCACCACCACCUCGACACCACUUCGCCUCGAGAAGGUUCCACCAGGCCUAUUCGGCUAGGGUUUGGUACUUUGGUCUCGGGGACUUUGCGGGCGAUCGCAAUGGAGGGCGGCGGCGCGGAACAAGCACCCGAGGCGGCGGCGGAGGUGAAAAAUCCGAGGUGCUUCAUGGACGUCACCAUCGGCGGCGAGAUGGAGGGGAGAAUCGUUGUAGAGCUCUACGCGUCCGUGGCACCGCGGACGGCGGAGAACUUCCGCGCGCUCUGCACCGGGGAGAAGGGCAUCGGCGCCGCCAGCGGCAAGCCGCUUCACUUUAAGGGUUCAUGCUUCCACCGUGUUAUUAAAGGGUUUAUGGUUCAAGGGGGAGACAUAACUGCUGGAGAUGGAACGGGGGGAGAGUCAAUUUAUGGGUCCAAAUUUGAGGACGAGAAUUUUGUUUUAAAGCAUGAGAGGAAAGGAAUGCUUUCAAUGGCUAAUUCUGGUCCCAACACAAAUGGUUCUCAGUUUUUCAUCACUACCACCCGGACACCUCAUUUAGAUGGGAAACAUGUUGUUUUUGGUAGAGUGAUAAAAGGGAUGGGGGUAGUUCGCUCUAUUGAGCAUGUCACUGUCGGAGAAUCUGACUGCCCCACUCUUGAUGUCAAAAUUGUUGAUUGUGGGGAACUUCCUGAAGGUGCUGAUGAUGGAGUUGUAAACUUUUUCAAAGAUGGUGACACGUAUCCGGAUUGGCCCAAUGAUCUUGAAGAGAAGCCUGCUGAGGUUUCAUGGUGGAUGGAUGCUGUGGAGUCUGCUAAAGCUUAUGGGAAUGACAAUUUCAAGAAACAGGACUACAAAGCAGCUCUCAGAAAGUACAGGAAAGCUCUGCGCUACUUGGAUGUUUGCUGGGAGAAAGAAGAGAUAGAUGAAGAUAAGAGCACAGCACUGCGGAAGACCAAGUCAAUAAUACUCACUAAUAGCUCUGCAUGCAAAUUAAGGUUAGGAGAUUCAAAGGGUGCUUUAUUAGACGCGGAUUUUGCACUGCGUGAAACGGAGGGAAAUGCUAAAGCUUUUUUCCGACAAGGACAGGCACACAUUGCACUUAAUGACAUUGAUGCAGCAGUGGAGAGCUUCAAACAUGCAUUGGAGUUGGAGCCAAAUGAUGCUGGAAUCAAAAGAGAGCUGGCUGGUGCAAAGAAGAAGAUUGCUGACAGAAGAGAUCAGGAGCGAAAGGCAUUUGCUAGGAUGUUCCAACCUUCUGGAAAAUCUGACAAGAGCAACGAAGAGAAUAAUUGAUCUACAGUUUCUUUCCCCCGUCUGAAACUUUGGUUAGCUUAAAUCUGGGACACGUAUUGGAACAGGAGUACCAUGGGAGUCUGCACUGCAAAAAAAAAUGCAGAUUAUCGAUCUUAGAUAGAAGGAAACAUAGUGGGGGAAAGGAACUUUUUGUUUUCUUUUACUACAGAAGUAUCAGUUCGUGCGUUUGUCCCGGUGUUAGUUUCUUCAGGAAACGGACAUUGAACUUAACAGUGCAAUUUUCAGACUUUGCAGCAAGUGCCAUCAGACCACUCCAUUUUGUGUAGUCUCGGCCCUCAGGACGUUGUGGCCAACCUGACUAUUCACAUCUUUUGUGCGUGGUUCGCCCGUUUCACUUU